UUUGGGGGGGGGGCUGCAUAAGGAUUCCAAACCGAUAAUCCGCUUGGCGCCACCUUCACCUCCGACCUCCUUUCAGCAGCUGAUCCAGGGGUUGCCUUUGUGGUCCUUAAGCGGGAUGCAGAUGAAAGGCUUCGGGGUGGGUGGGGGGGGGUGGAAACAGAGCGCAAAGCAGGCCAGGCCUCCUGCAGGUCUCACAGCAACCGUCCAGCUGCCCCUCCGGGCUCUGGGGAGGCUGGGCGGGGGAGGCCCAGGAGCCGGGCUGCAGAGUCUCUCUCUGAAGCUGGGUUGCCCCCCCUCUCCUCUCGGGCUCCUCCAGGGGAUCCUGGAGAACAUCCAGCGGAACAAGCUCAUCUUCAUCGAGACACAGGACGGAGCCGAGACGAGCGUGGCCCUGGAGAAGUACCAGGAGGCCUGCGAGAACGGCCGGGGAGCCAUCCUGCUGUCGGUGGCCAGGGGAAAGGUCUCCGAAGGGAUUGACUUUGUUCACCACUAUGGGAGGGCCGUGGUCAUGUUUGGCGUCCCCUAUGUCUACACCCAAAGCCGCAUCCUGAAGGCCCGGCUGGAGUACCUGAGGAACCAGUUCCAGAUCCGCGAAAACGACUUCCUGACGUUUGAUGCCAUGCGCCACGCGGCCCAGUGCGUCGGGCGGGCCAUUCGCGGCAAGACCGACUACGGCCUCUUGAUCUUUGCUGACAAGCGCUUUGCCCGGGCAGACAAGCGGGGGAAGCUGCCUCGCUGGAUCCAGGAACACUUGACGGAGGCCAACCUCAACCUGACGCUGGACGAGGCCGUGCAGGUGGCCAAGCACUUCCUGCGCCAGAUGGCCCAGCCCUUCCGCCAGGAAGACCAGCUGGGCCUUUCCCUGCUCACCUUGGAGCAGCUGCAGUCAGAGGAGACCCUGCGCAGAGUGCGCGAAAUCGCCCACCAGGUGUGAGGGGCGGUGGAAGCUGCUAGCCAUGCCAGCCAUCACGCUCUGCAGGCAGGGACCCCGGCUGGCCGGCCAUCCCUCCAUCCAGACUGCGGAGCUGAGCGGGGUAGAGAAGCGGAGGAGCCCGGGGGGGGGGGGGGGGGGACGACAAUCCCCUCGGCCCUCCCCCUCCCCCCACUAAUCCUGGAUUUCUGGACUGAGGUUUUAAUAAAGGGGAGUAGUGUGUUGCUACUCAAGGGAUUUUCUCUGUGUGUGCGAGAGAGCGAGAGCGACAGAGAGAGAACCGGGGGAGGCGUGUGACCCUUUUCAUCCAAAGUCACCUGGGGGGGUGGGCUAUAAAGCUCGCAGAGGCC